AUGAAGUGGACUGCUUCUCUCACAAUUGCGCUUGCCGCAUUACGGCAGGUUGCUGCUACGAACUCAACAUCAUGCACCCCGAGGCUGAUCAGCUACUGGAUCAACGCCAACGCCUCCAUCUCAACCGUCGAGUCGGUCGAUGCGGGCAACGGCUUCUCCGAGGAGGGUAACGUCGCCUUCCCGGGCAACGUCACGAACUUGCCCAGUCUCUGCGCUGUGAGCUUCAUCGCAAAGACAUCGGAAGGAAAUGAGUACAAGUUUGCCAUGUUCCUGCCAGAUGAGUGGAACAACAAGAUCCUCACCGUGGGCAACGAUGGCUUUUCGGGAGGCGUCAAUGCUCCGGCCAUGGCCGUCGGCGUCAAGUACGGCUUCGUCACACUCGGAACCGAUGCCGGCCACAACUCUACCCAGAACAACCUCACCUGGGCGCUGAACAACAACGGCGCCAAGCUGGAUUACGGACACAGGGCGCUGCACAACUCUCUCGCACUGGCUCAGAGAGUCGUUGAGAAAUAUUACGGUCUGGCCCCUACAGCAUCCUACUUCUCCGGCACGUCAGAUGGCGGUCGACAGGGUCUCAAGGCUGCUGAGAUGUACCCUCGCGACUAUUCGGCGCUCUUGAUCGGUGGCCCGGCUUGGUGGCAGAGCCAUUUGCAAAGCUGGAGGAUCGCGAUUGGUAUCACCAACCUGCCCACCGAUAAUGCAAAGCAUAUCCCAGCUGAGAAGUUCACGGUGAUUGGCGAUGCCGUCAGGAAGCAGUGCGACGCAGCGGACGGAGUCGAGGACAGCAUCGUCAGCGACCCCGGCAACUGCACUGUCAACUAUGACCUCUUCACCUGCGGUAAAGAUGGUGUUGACGUAACAGCUUGCUUGUCUGCGGAGCAGGUCACCGUCGCUCAGGCAAUGUACGCUGACUACAAGGUCAACGACGAAGCUGUCUUCCCUGGCGUCAGCCCCUCGUCCGAAUACGGGUGGGGUUCGCUGCUGGGUGGCGGUAACGGUUCUGAGCCGAACGAGGUGGCCGUCGGCUACAUGAAGUACUUCCUCUUCAAUGACGCGGAGUGGGCGUGGUCAAGCUACAACGAGACUGUCCCCGCGUACGCCAACGAAACGAACCCCGGUGAACUCGACGUCAACACCUUCAACCUGACCAAGUUCUCGAGCCUCGGCGGCAAGAUCAUCAUGUACCACGGCCUGUCGGAUGCCGAUGUUCCAGCCAAGGCAUCGCAGGUUUACUAUGACAAGGUUGUUGCGCAGUCCGGCGGCGACGUCGAGGCCGUUCGCGCUUGGUUCCGUCUCUUCUUCAUCCCAGGACUGGGGCACAAGACCACAACCGUCGACGCGCCUUGGUACAUCGCUGGACCCGGACAGGCGGAACAACUGCUCGGCGGUGGCAACUACUCGGUGCCGGGCUACUCUGAUGCAACACACGAUGCGCUUCUUGCGCUCCAGCAGUGGGUUGACGGCGGUGCCGCGCCGGACUCGCUCAUCGCGACAACGUGGAAGAACGCGACUGAUCCGACUACUGAGGUCCUAAGGCAGAGGCCGAUUUGCCCGUAUCCUUCAACUCAAAAGUUCAUCAGCGGUGGUGAUCAGUCGAAGGCUGAGAGUUUCACGUGCUCAGCUUAG